AUGCCUUGCAAGGAAGAGGCCCACAGCCGACUGCACUGUCACCGAGGUCUGAGGGAGCUGCCCCCAGAGCCCCCUAAGAGAGAUCACUGGGAGUCCUCUGCUUUGCUUGGUUCGCAGAUACGUGCAAGGCAAUACCUGAGCACAAAAGAGGAGGCGGCUGUCAAGAUCCAGGCGUGGUGGCGUGGCACCCUGGUGCGCCGGACCCUGCUGGUGGCCGCCCUCCAGGCCUGGGUGAUUCAGGCCUGGUGGAGGGAGCUGCUGUGGCGGCAGAUGCAGAAGCUCCAGCACAUCCUGCUGAAGGUCUACGUGAUCCAGGAGCAGGCGGCGGUGCGGCUGCAGUCCUGUGUCCGCAUGUGCCGGUGCCAUCGGCGCUACCGCCAAGUGCGCAGCACUCUCUGCGCCCUCCAGGCGCCCAGGUGCUCUCUCCCCCUCCAGGUCGGGGACGGGCCGCAGGAGCAGCCCGCGGGCGCUGUCAAAGGGCUGGAAUUCCACGUUGAGAUCUUAUCCAUCUGACACACUGCAGAGGUGGCUCGAGGGCCCAAUAAAUGCCUGACCAGGCUUGGUGUGUCUCCGUGACUCCCACAGUGUGGGGAUCCCACAGCGUCAGGCCCCGGCCCCUCCCCCCAUACUGGAGGAAAGGUUUCAUUUCCAUACAGGUACCCUCCCCUGUCCCCUGCCCCUCAGUGCCUAGGGCUCCUGGUCUGGACCAGCAGUGACCACAUGCCACUGACUCAGAAACUGCCACCCGAGACUGUCCUCAUUUAUGCCGGGCCAGGUGUCCCAUUCCACAGACCCAGCACCGUCCUGGCCUCCUGACCUUGCCCCUGGGAGGGCUUGGGGGUUUAAAAACCCGAAGACACUCAGCACCACCCCCUAUGAGAGUUGUCCCCGUGGCCAUGCUAUGUCAGCCUGCCAUCGGGCCAGCCCGGGCUUGGAACCCGUGAGCUUUCUGUUUGG